AUCAACAUAAAGAUGCUUCAUCUAGUACAUUUUUAAAGAAAGAUACAUGUUCAGUUUCAGGGCUCUUUAACAUGAUAAAGGACUGUGAUAAUCCUAUCUUUGCUAAAGAAGUUAUCUCACAACUGGAAGAUGCCAAAUUAGAUACAAAUGCAGCAGAACCUAAUUCAUGCUCUGGACUGACUCCAUUCUUGUGUGCAUGCAUGAGCAGAAGCAUGGAACUUGUCGAGUACAUGUUAAAGCAUGGAGCUAAUAUCAAUUCUCAAACAGCCUGCCAAGAUGGUCCGCUCCAUAUCGCUACGUUUGCUUGCGCAAACCAAAACAGCAAAGAAAGUUUUGAUGUACUUGCGAUGCUCAUUAAAACUGGAUGUGAUCUCAACUCUAAAAACUGGCUUGGAAACACGCCUUUGUGCAUUGCUGCCUCUUAUGACAGAAAACGCCUUAUCCGUUAUUUGUUGUUUCAAGGUGCCGAUCCAAGUAUUUGCAACAAAAACGGAGUUUAUCCCAUUGAUUUUGCAACGAACGCAGGAAAUACACGUAUUGCCAGUUUGCUAGCUAUAAAUUUACCAAAUCCUUAUGUAUGGGAUUUCAUAGAGCCGCACACCCCACCACGAAUUAAACUUGGUCUUCAAACUCCUAGCAAACAGCACUUGGUCCAAUCAUCGUUUAAUCGAAAUAAGAGAAAGCUCAAUACGUUCAGAACACCGCGACCUAUUCGAACACAACGCUUGUGAUGAACAUAUUUAGUAGAAGCGACAUUCGAGUUGCAAGUCAAAUUGUUGCUCAAAUACUUCUGAGACACUGAAUGACAUAUGUACCCUUUUUGCGUGCUCUUGUUCACUCCCACACCGCAGUAAUGCUGUUUAGAGUGUUGCCGAUUCUAGACAUUACGUAAUCCUCUGAUCUCCCAUCCCGAUUUGUGGGAACUGAAUGCAAAUGCUAUUUUUGGUGUUUAUUUGUUCUUAUUAAAAAAACGAAAGUUAGUUGCGAAAAAUGUUUCUAUAAACUUUUUUUAUCGGGAUAGUUAAGAGACAACGAAAAUAAUACGACUUGGGGGUGAUGUUUGCCAAAAUAUAUUUGUAUUCAAAAAUCGUUUUUAAAGCUAUCUACAUUUGUAAAGCAUUUCCUGAGUUUGGACUACUCAGCAAAGUGGUUCGUAGGUUUUGAAAUUCCAAUCAUUUUUGUUCCCAUUAUAACUUUUACCAAUUCUGUUUAUUGGCCGGCAGUGUUAGUUUUGAUAACAAUGUCAUUUGCCACCGUCUUCAUGCUGUUCGCGGAUUAUUUUAAGACAAAAAAAAGUAGUCGGACUAUAAAGUUAAUCGAAAUUUUUUGAAGACUGCUAAUUUGAU